AUGACUAAUCCAGUUUUGUCAGACGGUCAAGAUCUAUUUUCGACCUUGAGACAUUCGAAGUGCUCCACGGUCAUCACAUCAGCAGGGAACCCAACAUUUAAGAUAUUUGAAAAAUAUUUCACGUCCAGCAAUGGUGUGUGGGCUGGAGGAAAAAAUGAAACAAUCAUCCCAGUACAGUGUGACCAGGCCCCGUGGUUGAAACAGCUGAUCGUGUACAAGUUAAACAGCCACGAAGACCACACAGCUUUCCUCUCUCGUCUAGCUGAUGAAGAAUUCUAUGUCGCCCCCGUCACGGCCGAUGACGAGGCUUACAUUUUCUUGACUUCCGGCAGCACCGGAUUUUCUAAGAUGGUGCCGAGAACACACGGAGAAUGUCUUGACAUAGCAGAAAACUACAGCAGUAUUUUUACUAAAGACGAUGUCAUGUACAGUGAUCGCCCAUUUGGAUGGAUCGGGGGAUUUCCCCAUUAUUUCUUGUCCCAGGGGAUUCCCACCCUAGUGCAGGAACUUUAUGAUGGGGUCACUCUCAGGAAGGUGGCGGACGUCUGGGACGUCGUGCUUCGUCUCGGGGCUACUUUUACAUUUACACUUGUGGCUGAUAUCAUGCAACUGAAAGAGGUGAGGGCUACUUUUACAUUUACACUUGUGGCAGAUAUCAUGCAACUGAAAGAGGUGAGGGUCACUUUUACAUUUACACUUGUGGCUGAUAUCAUGCAACUAAAAGAGGUGAGGGUUACUUUUACAUUUACACUUGUGGCUGAUAUCAUGCAACUGAAAGAGGUGAGGGCUACUUUUACAUUUACACUUGUGGCAGAUAUCAUGCAACUGAAAGAGGUGAGGGCUACUUUUACAUUUACACUUGUGGCUGAUAUCAUGCAACUGAAAGAGGUGAGGGCUACUUUUACAUUUACACUUGUGACUGAUAUCAUGCAACUGAAAGAGGUGAGGGCUACUUUUACAUUUACACUUGUGGCAGAUAUCAUGCAACUGAAAGAGGUGAGGGCUACUUUUACAUUUACACUUGUGGCUGAUAUCAUGCAACUGAAAGAGGUGAGGGCUACUUUUACAUUUACACUUGUGGCUGAUAUCAUGCAACUGAAAGAGGUGAGGGCUACUUUUACAUUUACACUUGUGGCUGAUAUCAUGCAACUGAAAGAGGUGAGGGCUACUUUUACAUUUACACUUGUGGCAGAUAUCAUGCAACUGAAAGAGGUGAGGGUUACUUUUACAUUUACACUUGUGGCUGAUAUCAUGCAACUAAAAGAGGUGAGGGUUACUUUUACAUUUACAGCUGAUAUCAUGCAACUGAAAGAGGUGAGGGUUACUUUUACAUUUACACUUGUGGCUGAUAUCAUGCAACUGAAAGAGGUGAGGGUUACUUUUACAUUUACACUUGUGACUGAUAUCAUGCAACUGAAAGAGGUGAGGGCUACUUUUACAUUUACACUUGUGGCAGAUAUCAUGCAACUGAAAGAGGUGAGGGCUACUUUUACAUUUACACUUGUGGCUGAUAUCAUGCAACUGAAAGAGGUGAGGGCUACUUUUACAUUUACACUUGUGGCUGAUAUCAUGCAACUGAAAGAGCUCUACAAGGAUGGCGUUUUAAAGAAACCAAUUAAAGUUAUCUUUACUGGAGCUCAACCAAUCAAAAAGAAUGUCAUCGACGUUGUUGGUCUAGUGUGUGAGCGAAUGAUGACAACAUACGGAUCAACUGAUGUAGGGUUGAUGGUAUAUGGACUUGUCGAUGCCCAGAGCAAAGACAAGUUUAAAGACUGCUAUGCUGGGAACACUAUCUGCCCAGACUUACAAUUAAGAUUAGUGGAUGAAAAAACCAAAGAGAUUUUUACAGAGCCGAACCGCACUGGGAUAAUACACUUUAAAGGCAAGACUGUUCUAAGACGCUAUUUAAAUGUUGAGGACACAACAGCUGGAGUUUUUACUGAAGAUGGGUGGCUAGACACUAAAGAUGCUGGAUACAUAGAUGAAAAUGGUGGAAUUCACGUCAUAGGACGCCAAGCUGAUAUCAUCAACAAUGGGCCAUUUAUUUUGUACCCACAGUGGAUGGAGGAGAGAAUACAGAAGUGUCCAGGGGUUCAAUCUGUUAUGGUCGUAGGACUGCCCCACCCACUGACCAUUCAGGAGUUAUGUGUUUGUGUAAUAAAAGAGAAAGACGCGACACUGACUCUAGCAGACCUGAAGAAUUUCUGCCAGGGAAUUUUCCUGGAGGGGGCAACAAAGUUUGACGGGGUCCCUGAGAAGUUUGUCUUCAUGGAGAGUUUUCCAUUACUUUCUUCUGGAAAAGUUUCACGGAAAGCCGUCGAAAAAGAGGCCGUUGAAUAUUUUAAAAUGUACUCCAAUUAA